AUGAGGCACCAGUUUUAUCGAAUGUGUGUUGAAUGGGUGACAGUACGGUCGGCUUUACAGUCAGUUUUAUCCUAUUUCCCUAUGCCCUACUGGGACCUAUUCGUAAGGUGAUACAGGGCUUGUGAGCAACUGAUCAGAAAUACACAGGCAAUGUUCACGGGCACCAUUAGAGUGAAAAUAUGCGAAGCUACAGAUCUGCGCCGUACCGACUGUAUGAGUCGUCAUUUCUUAGUGGCAGGAGUUGGAAAAGGGCCUCAAGAUCAAACCUUGGAUCCCUAUGUUAGCUUAGAUGUGGACGAGGUGCAUUGGAAUAAGACACAGCCGCGGCAGAAGACCUUCACUCCGGUGUGGAAUGAGUGGUUCGAGCAUGAGGUGGACGGGGCCGCCCAUCUCGGCCUCAAAAUCUUCCAUGAUUCUGCGGUGGGGAAUGACGAUUUCGUAGCCAAUGCCACGGUGGACUUCGAUGAAAUAUGUAGUGAUAACAACACCCACUCCGACUUGUGGGUGGACUUGGAACCUCAGGGGAAACUACAUGUAGUAAUUGAGUUAAAAUGGGUAGAACCAGAGGAUGGGGGUGUGCGCCCCCGCGAGUUCAGGGAGCGCCAAGGCUUCAACCGACGCCGUGGAGCCAUGAGGCGGAGGGUCCACCAGGUCAAUGGUCACAAGUUCAUGGCAACCUUCCUUCGACAACCUACUUUCUGCUCCCACUGCAGAGAAUUUAUUUGGGGCAUUGGGAAACAAGGUUAUCAAUGUCAAGUUUGUACCUGCGUUAUCCACAAGCGCUGUCACCAGUCCGUCGUUACACGUUGUCCGGGAAGCAAGAAUGCAGAGGCUAUAGUAACAGAAGAACAAGCAGGGGGUGGUCAACAGCGGUUUAAUGUCAAUGUGCCACAUCGGUUUUCAGUUCACUCAUAUAAGCGAUUUACAUUCUGUGACCAUUGUGGCUCAUUGCUUUAUGGCCUUAUUCGUCAGGGUCUCCAAUGUGAAGUAUGCAAUAUGAAUGUUCACAAGAGAUGUCAAAAGAAUGUAGCAAAUAAUUGUGGAAUAAAUGUGAAGCAAUUAUCAGAGAUCCUAGCAGAUAUGGGUAUACGGCCUCAAGAAGCAGUGAAGCCUAGUAAAAAGAAAUCAAUCAGUGAACUAUCAAAAUUCUCAACCUCAGCCUCUAGCUCAGUAAGUGUGCAAGGGAGUAUCAGUGAAACCGACGAAUUAGGCAGGAUGAAAGACGAGGACGAGGAAUUAAGACUAAGGCUGGAGGCUCAGCGCAUCAUGGACCAGCACAUGAAGGAUCGAUACCCAGAGGAGGAUCAAGAAUCUAAGCCCAAAGCCCUGGACACCAAUCUGGAUACUGUGAUGGGCAAGCUUGGCUUAGAUGACUUCAACUUCAUUAAAGUCCUGGGCAAGGGAAGCUUUGGAAAGGUUAUGUUAGCUGAACUCAAGGGAACAGAUGAAGUGUAUGCUGUCAAGGUGCUGAAAAAGGAUGUAAUCCUUCAAGAUGAUGAUGUAGAGUGUACAAUGACAGAGCGACGUAUCUUAGACAUGGCUGCCCAUCACCCGUUCCUCACAGCCCUUCACUCCUGCUUCCAGACUGAGGACCGAUUGUUCUUUGUGAUGGAGUACGUGAAUGGAGGCGAUCUCAUGUUCCAGAUUCAGAAAGCCCGAAAGUUUACAGAGCCGAGGGCAAGAUUCUAUGCUGCUGAAGUCACAUUGGCUCUACAGUUCCUUCAUAAAAUGGGUGUUAUUUACAGGGAUCUGAAAUUAGACAAUAUUCUUCUUGAUAGUGAAGGCCAUUGUAAGAUAGCAGAUUUUGGCAUGUGCAAGGAAGGCAUCAAGGACAGUGUGACAACCUCCACCUUCUGUGGGACUCCAGACUACAUAGCUCCUGAGAUUCUGAAAGAGUUGGAUUAUGGGGCCAGUGUGGAUUGGUGGGCUCUUGGUGUCCUGAUGUAUGAGAUGAUGGCAGGACAACCACCCUUUGAAGCUGAUAAUGAAGAUGAUCUGUUUGAAAGUAUUCUUCAUGAGGAGGUCUUGUAUCCAGUGUGGCUUUCCAAGGAAGCAGUCUCCAUUCUGAAGGGAUUCAUGACAAAGGAGCCAUCGAGGCGGCUGGGCUGUGUGAUGGAGCGUGGUGGAGAGCAGGCCAUCAGGAACCACAAAUUCUUCCGUGACAUUGACUGGGAAGCUCUGGAGCAGCGCAAAGUGAAGCCACCAUUCACACCUAAAGUUAAGGGACGCAAGGACGCUGUGAACUUUGAUGCAGAGUUUACAAAGGAAGACCCUGUUCUAACGCCAAUAAAUCAAGAGGUUGUUCGUGCUAUUAACCAAGAUGAAUUUAGAGGCUUCUCGUGUAUAAACCCAGCAUUCAAACCAGCAGCAGCUGCACCCUCUCAGGCCUAAAGAAGUGCAGCAGAGUACAAAGUACCAUUGUCUCCAAGAAUGAUGGUAUGCCAAAUUUGGAAAGCCAGAGUUUUCUAUCAUUGGAGACUGCAAAUUAACUAAGUGAUCAAAGCUAUAUAAACAAAGAAUAAUUUUUGAACCCUUUUAAUUGCACAAAAAUUUUGAUGUCAAUAAGCACAACAAAGAAUGGAUGCAUCAUAUUCUUUUCUCAUCCUUGACAAAUAAGUUCAGAAAGAUUUAUGGAAAUAACUGAAAUUGCAAAAGUUUUAUUGAUUUUUAUUAUUUUUAUGACAGAGAGAGAGAGAGAGAGAGAGAGAGAGAGAGAGAGAGAGAGAGAGAGAGAGAGAGAGAGAGAGAGAGAGAGAGAGAUUUCUUGAAAGUCAACUUUUUUUGUGUAAAGUAUAAGAUAAAUUUUUAUUACAGAUGUUACUAUUUAUGAUGCACUGUUUUUUAGUGCAUCAUGUUUUGCAAAUAUUAUACAGAAUAAGUUAAAAUGAAGAAUAUUACAAAAAAAAGUGACCAAUUGUUAUUUUAUUUAUUUUGUUGGUUUCUUAUAAUAGUGUUAAGAAUGGAAAUGUCAGUCGAUGUCUCUCUGCACGAGGGAACAAAAUUUGAUGGAGUUUUGACAUGAUGAGUACUUUUUGACCAGUAGAUAGGAAUCAGGCAUAUGUUUGAUUUAAAUUAAAGAGAAAUAAGAGUACUUUAAACAAAACCUUGAGCAUGUUUGGUAUCUGUAAUGCCAGGUUUAUGAUGAAAAAGAAAAGUGCUCCAGUUAGUUCAACACUGCUAGUCUGAUGCCUGACAUUAGGACAUGACAAGUUGCACUUGGGGGCAGAACAAAUCAAGAGGGUUGUGUCAUUUUGAAGAUUACUGUCUUCAUGUGGAAAUACUAUGUAGUGAUAUAUUUAUCUUUGUUAUUAUAAAGGCAUAUUGCCAGGAAAGUGGUGCACAAAGAAUAGUUUGAAUAUCUCUAGGAGAACACUUACAGCCACUGAAGUUGUCUGGUGAGGAAGACUUGAAGUGCAGUGUCCAGUCCACUGUCUGCCAGGAGGCCACAGCAACACUAGGCAAAUAUAUACUCAGGUGCAGAAAACACACUAUAUAAAGGUUCUUGCCUUUUGCAUUUGUUCAUCCCAGGUUGCAACUGUGGGCUUGUUUAUUUACCAAUGCAGGUUCACAUGUGAAGGGAUUAGUAGGUAUUUAGUAUUUGGGUACAGUAUUUUAUUUAUUUAAAAUGAGGAAAUGGAGCUUACUACAAGGUGCACAUUAUUUAAUUAUUGUAAUGCCAGUCCCUUCACAGUUCUACUACAGAAACCAUAGUGGAGGAUUUAUACUACUGUAGCCAAUGUGAUGGUAAUAUGCUUUUUAUAGUUCUGAAAUGACAUACAACUGUGGUGUGUCUAAUUAUUACUAAACUUCCUCAGCAUUAAGAUUGAGGGUGUGGUUCAAGAGCUAUCAUAAUGAGAUAUUUGUGGAUUAAUAUUCAAGACAGAACAGAUGAAGGUCCACAAUGUGAUGAAUGAUCAUAUGAACUCAGAUCACUAAUGAAUUUCACCAUCAGAAAAAAAAAGAAGGAAGGAGAAGAAGAAGCAAGCAAGUUCCAAUUGAUAUAUAAUGACCUUACAUGAUAUAAGAAACAAAACAAAAAAAAGAUGAUGUACGUA